GGAGCGGCCUUUGUUCUAUGGCAUUGGCGUCGCCUGCCUCUCACCCUGGCAGGAAGGGCGGGCAACCCAGGGAAUCCAACCCCGUACUUCUGGCUUCCCAGACGCGUAGUGGUUAACGCAUACGCGUUGACCGUUUACCGCUACACCACGGGCACCCCAAGGUCACAUGGCAUGUCCAGCCCCUUACAUUUAAGAAGGGGACCAAAAACGGGUGUUGGCAGCUGUAGGCCUGCCAUUAUUACCCCACUAGCAUCUAAAAUCUUGGAGAAAUUACUUAAGUCCGGUUAAAUAUGGACAUUAUGCGCGAUGUUUUCAGUUUUAACUCAUUUUAAUCUUCCAAGUUUUGCUUGGCUAUCUUAUUGAACUGCUGGCUCCCAGCAUACAAGAUUGAUAUAUAAUCCACAGAAUUUCUGAACUGAUUUGGCUGCAGUUCUAUAAAAAGCAAGGAAUAUGACUCCAACAUUAACCACUAAUGUGACUGAUGGAAGGUGGUAAUCAUGCAUCCUGCCUUCUGUGGCUGUGGUGCCAGGACACUGCGCUGGGCACAUGCAGUGAACUCAAGACAUCAGCUUGUGGCAGCACUGGGUAAUGCUUCUGUAGAUGCCCUGGAGGCAGAUGUCAGCUCACUGCCUGCUGAUGAGCAAGUGCCUGUUAUGCUUCACCCACCAGCAACUGAGGUGGACCUUACGGCAGCCCAGUUCCUGGCCAUUGUGCAGCGGUCUGGCACACAGAAAAUCCUCAAGCUGGACCUGAAGACUGACCAGAUCAUUAAGCAAGUGGUGGACAUCAUCCUGCAUCACCACCUGACAGACAUGACUCCACUGGUUCUGAACGCCGACGUGGUGGGCAGCGCAACCGAGGUGCCCGCUGUGGACGCCCACACGCUGCUUACUCAGCUGGAGCGCCUCCAAGCUACUCGGCUGCCACCUCUCGUCUCGCUCGGCUGGUGCCCACCUAGCGAAGGCACGCGAAGCCUAACUUUAAGUCAGAUCUCAGAGAUGGCGACACUGGCGCGUGGCCGCCCUGCCACACUGGCAGUUCGCGCGGACGUGGCGUUAGCUUCGGAGGAGGCGUUGGUGGCACUGAUGGGUGACCUGCCCGGCUGCGGGGUCACGCUAUGGGCGCACGAUGGGGACUCGGUGUGCCCAGAAGGUGCACGGCGACUGUUGGAGCGUUUGAGGCCAGCGCCCGUCUGGCUGGAUAUGCCCCCCAAACUCCUGUCACAUUUUACUGCUUCGUGAGCAGGAGAUAGCAUGUGCAAUCAUGGCAUAUGGUUUUUGAUUGUUAUAAUUUUUGCUGCAAAGGACACGGGGAUAUUCGCGGUGAUAUUAUUAUUAUUAUCCAUGGCACCAAGUACCUGAAAGGACGACCGCUGGCAAAGUUCCUUCAUUUGCUUUCAGCGUUGAAUCUAUGGUGGGGCGACGUUUCGUCGUAUCAGACAAAGUUUUAUGGGUUUGGGUUGCUACGACCGUGGUUUUGGAAGUCCUUCUUCCCGUUUCCCUCUGGGAGGUGCUCAUCACAAAGUGCGCUAUAACGGCAUGGCAGGUGUGUGCGUCGGUUCGGUCCCGCGAGCGCGGUUCGGGUGGCCUCCCCUAGCGAUAGCGCCUCGCAGCUCUGUAUCUGUUUCCGUCCCCGUCUACAUCUCAAUCUCCGGCCUCCGCCUCCGCCACCUCCCCUGCCCCUGCCUCUGCCUCUGUAUCUACAUGUGCCUCCGUCCCGUCCCGUCCCGUCCCGUUCCAACCCGGAAGACAGGGUGGGGUGGCGUGUGCUAAGGUGCCAUGGCGUAAAUCCUGGCGCGCGAGGGGGAGGGGGGACUCAAGACGGUGAAUCUCAUGUAGGCUACGUGCGAAUUAAAGAUCUUGCUUAGAUGGUUAUAUUCCUGGGAUGCGCUAGGUUCUUCGCCCAUUACACCUAGGCUCAAUAUUACCAAAGAGUCGUAAUACACGUUUAUUUCAUAUCUAUGCACAUGUAUGGAACCACUUUCGGUAACCAAGCUCUUCGAGAAGCGCGUUCACAAACAUGCGCUAUCGGUUCACAAGGGCUGAGCUCAUGCCCACCUAGUGGUGAAGGACAAAGCUCAACGUCGCUUUGCGUGCACCAGGACGGAACUGUUCCGCGCAGGGCGCGCGCGAGGUGGCUCGCCUGGGCGGCUGCGAACGGAAGUAAUGAUGGCCUUUUUGUACGGUGCCUCCGGACAAAUCGGGCUCACCGGCGGCGGGCGCCCUGCGAGAGCCAUGACGAUGAGAUGGGGUUCGCUACGGGUUGGAAGACCUGUGAUCCCACUCAUUCGCUGACUCGCAGCAGUCAGUAGCUGAUGAGUACAAACAUACAAAACACCUUUGAGUACAAAAUUGCAUGCACGCUACUCGUACCGCGUGGCCGGCGUACCCAUCUCCCUACCACCUAGCGAACCGACGGCCACAUCUGGCUUGUCAACACCCGAGUCAGUCGGUGCCUGCUGGCAAUGUCUAGGCAUUGCAGAAGCCGACACUGUAUGCGACCCAGCACACGGACAACCGCCGCACCGCAAACCUGCAGUCACCGCUGGCGACUCACAACCUCGCCUGACCCACCCAGCACCGCGCUGCGGCACCACAGCGACGGUCAGCGAAUACAGUAGAUUCACGGAUCGCUGGCACCAAACGUGAUCUAAUGACGUCAUGUUUCAAGGUAACACAGAAAAUCACCGAGCACUGGCUGCCUGCCGUGGAUUAACGAUCCCGGUCUCGAAGAGUUUCAUCUGGGAGGGCGAGAAGGGCGUCAUUUUCGCCGUCCACGCCGACGACAGGACGAAACGAAGCCAUCACGCACCUUGUACCCGUUCGCAGAAAACAGUAGUGAACUGCUGUCGCCUGUCAGAGUUGUACAUCAUCUAUCACAAACAUAGGGUGCACCGGAGGCCGCUCCUUCCCUAACUCAGCCAACGGCGGGUAGCACUACUUCCAGAACGUAGCGUAGCGGUGUGAUACAGGGUGGGUGAAGGCCCCAUCUGGCAGCGUUGCGAGGUGGGAACUCCCAGCUGCAGAUGAAGACAAGAGCCGCGGCGGCCUGUUGGGCCGUUUGGCGGCGCUUCAACCCAGCCUCAGCUUCUAAUUCGGACGACGUGGCUUGUGAUCCAACAGGUCGUUACACUCGCAACAUCAUUUUUUCGUGG